AUGGGACCAGCAGGACGGGAUUCACGCUCUAAACAAGAAAAUCCAAGGUAUGGUUCUAGAUCAAGAGAUAGAGACGCGGGUUCAUCAUCCAAGUUCAGGAAAGAGCGUGAUGAGCGGGACAACAAUGUUAAUAUAAAAUCAAAGAUUGGUGAUUAUAGCUUCUAUAUUAGCACUUCUGAGUUGGUAGCUAUUUUAAAAAGUAUAGAAGUAAACGUUGCACAAAUCAAAGCCAUUGAAGAAAUACUAGACAUACUCACGAGCAAAAAAGAGGUACAGAGGCUGACAGGCAGGAUAUCAGCUUUGGGAAGAUUUAUUUCUAGAUCUUCGGAGAAAAGUUUUAAGUUCUUUUUAGUGUUGAAAAAGAAAAAUCAAUUUGAGUGGAUUGAUGAAUGUCAACAAGCACUCAAGAAUCUAAAAGCAUACUUGUCAAACCCACCAUUAGUGGCUAAACCGAAGGAUGGAGAAAAGCUACCCAUCUAUCUCACCGCAUCAGAAAUGGCGGUAAGUGCAGUACUGGUUUUGGCAGAUUUUAUGGCGGACUUCAGCCCAGGGAUAAUUCUUGAAGUAGAAAAGGAACUACAGGUAUUCAUCAGAUCUAAUCCAGGUACUUGGACCUUAUUUACUGAUGGCGCUUCGAAUGUUAAAGGAGCGGGUUUAGGCAUUAUUCUAAUCUCAUCUUCAGGAGAAACCAUAAGGCAGACAAUAAAGUGCCAUCCCAUUACUAAUAAUGGAGCAGAAUAUGAAGAUGUAAUUGCAGGUCUAAAAUUGGUACGAGAACUCGGAAUAGAGCAGAUUAUAAUCAAAAGUGACUCACAACUUGUAGUUAAUCAAAUGCAGGGGACUUAUACAGCUAAAGAGGCGCGGAUGCAGCAAUAUUUGGAAAAGGCACGAGAAUUACAGACAAUUCCAAUCGUGGAAAAUCGUGCAAAUACCAAGGAGGAAAGUGUGGAAGCAGACGUGUUGGCUAAUCUCGCAUCUGUUGCAGAAGUAACAAAUGAAGAAAAUGCUACCUACGGGAUUUUAGCUGAUGAUAAGAAAAAGGCUCAGUCACUUCGACAAAAAUUUGCCCAUUAUUGUUUGAUUCUUGUCAACCUGUAUCGAAAGAUGUUCGGAGGUCCUUUAGAAAGAUGUCACGGACCUUCUCAAACAGAAUAUAUGGUGAGAGAUGUACAUGAGGGACACUAUGGAAAUCAUGCAGUAGAAAGAUCCUUGGUAAAACUUCUAAUUAGAGCAGGAUAUUAUUGGCCAAAAAUGGAAGAAGAUGCGGAAAGUUUUCUGGCCAAGUAUGACAAAUGCCAACGAUAUGGAAACAACAUGCAUUGCCCAGUAGAGCUAUUACAUCCGGUUAUUUCACCAUGGCCUUUUAUGAAAUAA